CAGAAACACGGUAAACGCGAUCAGACAGACGGUGUGAGAGGUUGAAGGACUUAAAGGAGCGAUGCUUGACUCCACCCAUGUCCGGUGGCUUGGCUUUUGGAGUUUGACCAUUGCUGGCGAUAUGCAGAGAUAUGCGGACAGCAUCUGAGCAGGGAGCGUCAGGCAGAGGGAAGGUUAUGAUGCCCCCGUGGAAAUCGGUGCGCUCCGGCCAAGCGUCAUGUCCGAAAUGGAAACACCCCGGACAACACACGACUUUUCCCAAAAGCAUCGUGUCCCAGGAUAGAUGGCAUGGGGAAUGCCGGUCCCGGCCCGGCUGCGCUCCGCUCCCUCCCUGCAGGUCUCAGCACUUGCGGUCCUGCCGACUGGACGAUCCGCACCGGCCCAGUGCUGGCAGGUUUGCCUUCCUCAGUACACAUGCAGAGGACAGCCCCAUGCGGCCAAAGAUUGUGACGGUGGUGCGGCCAGGGGGGGGCGCUCCGCUGAGGAAGAUCACCAUCCUCCUGAACAGGCGUGCAGUGCAGACCUUCGAGCAGCUGGUGGCGGACAUCUCCGUGGCGCUGGGCCUCCCGCGGUGGAAGAACGACCGUGUCCGCAGACUCUUUGGCCUCUGGGGCGGCGAGAUCCGCAGCGUGUCCGACUUCUUCCGUAACGACGACAUCUUCGUGGCCGCGGCCAGGGACAGGCCGCCUGUGGCAGAGGUGCAAGCCGUGCUGGAGGAGCUCUUCCCGGGGGACGUUUGUUUCCACGGGGCCGUCCUGCGAGCUUGGGAGAUACUGCUCUGGGCACCGGCGAAGGCCUCCAAGGCAGACAGCGGCUUCCACGAGGAGCCAGAGGCCGAUCGGGGACUGCAAGCCAGGGAGCCGGGAAACAGCAUCCGGAGACCCAGGGACAGAGCUGAACGGGAUGGGCAGAAUGCCCGGGAUCGGACCCGGAAGUGGGAUCGAGCGAGACGGGAAGGGCAGAAGGACGAGCAGCUGCGGGUGAGGAGGCCCAACAAGGCCGAGAGACCGGGGGGACAUGUGGAGGAGGCCCCUGGCACCUGCUGCAGGGAGUGUGGAAGGGCCGGGGUCCAGGGCACCCCGCUCGCUCCAGGAGGAAGGCGAGGAGCACGGGCCAUGGCGGAAACCGGUACAUGCGGUGAGGGGAGGAAGAGCGGCUGUCAUGGGAUUGGGGAGUGGCCACAGGCUGGAAGGGCCGGCGGAGAAGAUGACCAGCAAAGGCCGAAGGAGCCAGCAGCCACUGCAGUGCGUCCCACACAAACCAGUGAUGAGAGGAAGAAAGAGAAGAGCAGAGAAACCGGCGAGAAGGUGAAGAGUCCUGCUACACGUCUGCGCUCUGCUGACGGCCAAGGUGAAGGCCUGGCUGGGAAUCCCACUAACGAAUGUCAGGAAGAGGAAACCUGCAGGCAGGCAGCUGGGAGGCCCAGGGGGGACCUGACACACCCCCUACAGAGUGUGAAGGGUGGCCCAGCGAAGAAUAAGGUGACGGCGGAAGGCAAGGCAGAGACGGGGCCGGAGGCCAGCCUCCCAGGCCACCUGGCGUCCGGAGCGGGCCAUUCCCAGGCGGACAUUGAGUGCCACUAUGAGAUGGGUCGCGUCAUCGGGGACGGGAACUUCGCCACGGUGAGGGAGUGCUGGGUGCGCGCCGGGGGGGUGGAAGCCCCCCUGUUUGCUAUGAAAAUCAUCGACCGUGCAAAGCUGCGUGGCAAAGAGCACAUGCUCCAGAACGAGGUGUCCAUUGCAUCCGGCCUCUCGCACCCCAACGUGGUGCACCUGCUCCAGCACUAUGAGACAGCUGAGCACGUCUUCCUGCUCAUGGAGCUCGUCCGCGGCGGCGACCUUUUCGAUGCCAUUACAGAGUGCGGCAGGUUCUCAGAGGUGAGCAGUGCCCACAUGCUGGGUGACCUGUGCGGAGCGCUGGACUACAUCCAUUCCAGAAGCAUCGUGCACAGAGACCUGAAGCCAGAGAACCUGCUGGUGCAGCGCAAUGCCGACGGCAGCACCACACUGAAGCUGGCCGACUUCAGCCUGGCCAUGGUGGUGACGGAGCCCAUCUUCACCGUCUGCGGCACGCCUACCUACGUGGCCCCGGAGAUACUUGCGGAAAAAGGUUACGGGCUGCCAGUGGACAUGUGGGCUACAGGGGUGAUUACAUACGUCCUGCUGUGUGGCUUUCCCCCCUUCCGGAGCAGGGGGAAGGAUCAAGACGAGCUGUUUCAGCUCAUCCAGCGAGGGCUGUACGAAUUUCUGCCUCCAUACUGGGACAGCAUUUCUCCUGAUGCCAAAGACUUUACCAGCGAGCUGCUCCUGGUGGAUGUGCAGAGGCGGCUGACAGCCAGGGCGGCGCUCCAGCACCCGUGGCUGCAGAGCAAAGGCCAGCUGUGCCAUCGAGGUCACCAGAGCACUGGAGAAUGAUCUGGAGCUGGGAGCAGAGGACAAGAGCCAGCCUGAUGGUGCGGUAGUUGUGUAGUCAGUCUUCACAGAGCCCAGCAAAGGCAGACACCAUAUCCAUUAAUGAAGAACCUUUUGAAUGACUAACAUAAAAGUGGCCUGUAUUUCUGCUCCAACUCCUGGGCCACAAGCAGGCCGUUACUCCAAAGAAAAGUCCAGGGGUCCCAAUGUAACUUUCUAGACAGUGCCAUGACUGAACAGGCUUCCUAUUGGUGCAUGGAAUCCAGCAGAGCACCAAUGAACUGGAAUGAAGAGGCCUCUUAUGUUUCAAUGAAUUAUUAGCUGGUCAGAAUAAAAUAUUUCUUGCUUUGA